AUGCUCACGCGGGUCAAGGCGGCCGUGGCCAACCUCAUGGGCGGCAUCAUGGCCGGCGGCGCGGGCCCCGAGCUCGGCGGCGGCGCGGACCUGCCGCUGCGCUUCCCCUACGGGCGCCCCGAGUUCCUGGGGCUGUCGCCGGACGAGGUGGAGUGCAGCGCCGACCACAUCGCGCGGCCCAUCCUCACGCUCAAGGAGACGCGCCGGCUGCCCUGGGCCACCGGCUACGCGGAGGUCAUCAACGCGGGGAAGAGCACGCACAACGAAGACCAGGCCAGCUGCGAGGUGCUCACGGUGAAGAGGAAAGCAGGGGCGGCCCCCCCAACCCCAAACAGACACUCGUCCCGCAGGAGGUCCUCGCUCCCCAACGGGGAGGGGCUGCAGCUGAAGGAGAACGCGGAGUCCGAGGGCGUGUCCUGCCACUACUGGUCGCUGUUCGACGGGCACGCGGGCUCGGGGGCGGCCGUGGUGGCGUCGCGCCUGCUGCAGCGGCACGUGGCGGAGCAGCUGCGCGACGUGGUGGACAUCCUGCGCAACGUGGCCGCGCUGCCGCCCGCCUGCCUGGGCGAGGAGCGGGAGGGCGCGCCGGCCGGGCGCACGCUGACCCGGGCCGCGUCCCUGCGCGCAGGUGUGGGCGCCCCCGGCUCCCCUGGCGCCCCCCCGUCCCGCUUCUUCACCGAGAAGAAGAUCCCGCACGAGUGCCUGGUGGUCGGCGCCCUGGAGAGCGCCUUCAAGGAGAUGGACCUGCAGAUCGAGCGGGAGCGGAGCUCGUACAACAUCUCGGGCGGCUGCACGGCGCUCAUCGUGGUCUGCCUCCUGGGCAAGCUGUACGUGGCCAACGCCGGGGACAGCAGGGCCAUCAUCAUCAGGAACGGAGAGAUCAUCCCCAUGUCCUCCGAGUUCACCCCCGAGACGGAGCGCCAGCGGCUGCAGUACCUGGCGUUCAUGCAGCCGCACCUGCUGGGGAACGAGUUCACGCACCUGGAGUUCCCGCGGCGCGUGCAGAGGAAGGAGCUCGGGAAGAAGAUGCUGUACCGGGACUUCAACAUGACCGGCUGGGCUUACAAAACCAUUGAGGACGAUGACUUGAAGUUCCCCCUCAUAUAUGGCGAAGGCAAGAAGGCCCGGGUGAUGGCGACCAUCGGCGUGACCAGGGGGCUCGGGGACCACGACCUCAAGGUGCACGACUCCAACAUCUGCAUCAAGCCGUUCCUGUCCUCGGCGCCGGAGGUGAGAAUUUAUGACCUCGCCAAAUACGAGCACGGGGCAGACGACGUGCUGAUCCUGGCCACCGACGGGCUCUGGGACGUCCUGUCCAACGAGGAGGUGGCGGAAGCGAUCGCCCAGUUCCUGCCCAACUGCGACCCCGACGACCCUCACAGGUACACGCUGGCGGCGCAGGACCUGGUGAUGCGCGCGGGCGUGCUCAAGGACCGCGGCUGGCGCAUCGCGCACGACCGGCUGGGCUCGGGCGACGACAUCUCCGUCUACGUCAUCCCCCUGGCCCCCGGGAACGCGCCGUCGUGAGG